AUGACCGUUAAGGCAUUCAACUUGGACUUGUUUACGUCCAACAUGUCUAUGUUCAGAUCCACCAGCAGGUUAUUCCUGCGUGGCCCAAGCCUUGCCUGUCUGGCUCACAAGGUGCGUUCCUGCCAGGCGUCUGCUGUGAGUGGAGCGACUGUCCGACUGGUAGAAACUCAGGUCGACUGGGCUUCCCAACUGCAGGUCCACCCUGCACGAAUCAGGGGGAGAAAAUGGCUGCCAGGGUCUGACAGUCCCAACUAUCCCGAGUUCCUGGCGCCGCCUAAAGACGGGUACGUCCACGUCUACACUCCCGCGGGGAAGGUCGACUGUUCCCCCGAGCACUGCGCUCCUUCCGUGCGACAGGUGAUCCGCGACGUCUUGGAAAGGCGCAAGGAAGGCGCCUUACUCUUCCGAGGCCUGCCUCUGGCGACCGCGGAAGAUUUUUCCAGGGUCGUGGUCAACUUGGGCCUGAAGCUGACCAGCUACAAAGGUGGGGGUGGCAUCAGACACAGGCUGGCCGAAGCGGUGGACACAGCGAGUGACGAGCCACCACAACUGUGCAUCGAACCGCACCACGAACUUGCCUAUACUAACCAUUACCCUGAAAAGAUUAUGUUCUUCUGUAUCGACCCCCCACCCCCCGGGACAGGGGGUGAGACGGUGCUGGCGGACGCCCGGGACAUUCUGCCCCGUCUGGACAAAGAUGUGGUGGAGAAGUUCCGGAGACUGGGAGUCAUGUACACGCACUACCUCCCAUCCCGCGGGCCGGGCAUUUACAACAGCUGGCAGGCGACCUUCCAGUCUGAGGUAAAGUCUGAAGUGGAAAAACACCUGAAAGCUCACAACAUACACUGGAAGUGGGAAGAUGACGGUGCCAUGAGGAACUGGACCGUUCUACCAGUGAUGCAUAAGUACAGAGGUGACUGGGUGUGGUUUACCGUGCCACAUGCUGAAAACAGUAGCUACAUGAAGAACACCCCAUACUGGAGAGACAAGGACCUCCCCGAUCACAUGUACCCACAACACACGUACUACGGAGACGGCUCGGACAUAGAGCAGGAAGUACUGCAGCAUAUCAGAGAUACAAUCUGGCAGGUUGCCGCGGGGUUUCAGUUACAGAAGGGCGACCUGCUUGUUUUGAACAACAUCUACUGUCAGCAUGCCAGACUCGGCUUCACCGGAAAACGGAAGCUUGCCGUCGCGUUGGUCAUGCAGGACCAGGACUAUCCGGAGGACUGAUGA